GAAUAGUGGGAAACGAUUGCGAAGCAGCAGUAAACAGCAGCGUGCCAGCCUGGGGCACACAAGAAAGCCUCGCCGCCGAGAGCAGCGCUGAGAGCAGCGCUGCAGGCGCGGUCGUGGCGGGGGAGGCGGCAGCCACUGGGGAAGCACUCGGCGGCGCAGAGGCAGGGGGGAGCGGAACAGAAGCGCAAGGAGCAGCGGGCCAGGGGUCGCAAGAGCAGGGGGGAGGAGGGGUUGGGGGGCAAGGGGGGCACGGGGCCUUGACCGGAGCACAAGGGACAGCGGGAGCAGGAGGGUCAGGGGCCGCGGGAGCAGGGGAGGCAGGGGGAGUGCCAGCGGGAGAAGCAGGGGGGGCAGGAGGAGGGGGAGCGGAAGGAGCAGGGGGCGCAGGAGCAGCGGAGCCGGAGCAGCAGCUUGCGGAGGCGUGGCAGCGCGCGUUGGAUGAGGCGGAGGUGGAGAUCCGCAAGCAGGCCAUCGAGAACGAAUUCCUCCGCUCCCAGCUGCGCGUGCUCGAAUGGCAGAUGAGCAACGGCGCGCUAGCAAGUUCCGCGCCUCCUGACGUGGACGGGCUGCUCUCCCCUUCCUCCGCGCGCCUUCCCCCUUCCGCCAGUACAGGCGCGGGGCUCAGUCCAGGAUUAUCUGGGGCAGGUGCAACUGUUGCAGGCGUAGCAGGGGCGGGCGCGUUUAGUGGCCAUCCAGGCGGUUUUAGUGGCGCUUUAGUUGGAAGUCCGCAGAUAGUGGGAAUAGGCAGUGCAGCAGCAGGAGUAGGAGGUAUCGGUGUUGCUGCUCCUGCUGUAGUGGGAAUAGGUGGGGCUGAAGGGGCAGUAGGGGGAGGGAGAGGCGAAGGGAUUAUGGCUGCUGUAGCAGCAGCUGUAGCACCAGGAAUGGCUGGUGGUAACAGUGGUGGAAUGGGGGGGCUGCUAGGAUCAGAUCAGGUGGUUGCUGGGGAAGGUGGUAUUGGGCAUUUGGGCGGGAUGGUAGGGGACGGAGGAGGGGUAGGGCUGGGAGGAGGAGGGGGAAUGGGAGGGGGUGGAGACGGAGGAAUGGUAGGAAUGGGAGGAGGAGGGGGAGGGGGAGGAGGAGAGAAGGACUUGGAAGCAGCUCUGCUGGAGCGACUGCUUCAGAAGCUGUCUGUAAACGGUUCUCUGGCUGCUGCUGUGGCGCAGGCAGCAGGGGGAGGCGGAGCUGGGAGCGGCGCAGGGGGGGGAGCGGGGGGAGGCGCAGGGGGAGGGGGAGGGGGAGAAGGAGGGGGACUGGGGACAGGAGGGGAGGGUGGUGGAGCGAAUGGGUUGAUGAACGGAGGGGUGGGGGGCGGGCUGACGGGGCAUGACCUGGAUGGGGAGCGUGACAGCCUGGCGUUGACUCCGUUUGACCAGCAGUCGCUGACUGUGCACCCCUCCAACUCCACGUCAUCACGCCAGCUUGCUUCUCUGCAGCCCUUCACAAACGACUUGACUCGGUCGACGGGUGGGGCGGCAGCGUCCGGCCCUAGUGGGUCGGCGGGCGGCGGAGACAGGUCCAUGAACGUGGGCGAGCUGAUGCAGCGGGUGGCAUCGUUGGAGGAGCAGGUUCGCAGCAAGGACAAGCUGCUGGCUGCUGCCCAGGCGCGGGAGGCACAGCUGCAGGCGGAGAAGCGGUCGCUGGAGCGCCGGAUGUCAGAGCUGCGGCUGGCAUUUGACGGGCAGCAGCAGAACUUGAUGGGGUCGGCCCAGAAGGCCAUGGGGUACCGCCGGGACGUGCUGGAGGAGAACGUGCGCCUCACGCGCGCGCUUGAGCGAGCGGAGCAUGACCGCAUGCUAUUCAUAACCACGCUCACGCCACUGGCAGGGGAGUUUGGCCUCUCCGCCACCGCCUCUGCCGACUCGCACCACAUGCUGCUCUCUGUCAAGUCUGUGCUGCAGCAGCUGCUCACCCGAACCACUCGCAGCAACGAGGGCGGGCAGUCAGCCCCUCUCCCCACGCUCUAUGGCACCACAGACCCCACGCUCUCUGCUCUGCUGCUCGCCAGUGGCGCCAACCCCAACAGCCCCUCCCUCGCACCAAACCCCCUCUCUUCCGCUGCUGCGCUCUCUGCUGCUGCCUCGCCUCUCCGAGCCUUGGCUGGGCUGGUGCCCCCUGCUGCUGCACCUGCUGGUGGUGAUCCUCUGCUGCUGCGUCUUGCACUUACGCAAGCAGGUUACGACCCUGCCUACCUUUCAGCCACAACAGCAGCAGCAGGAGGCACACAUCCUUUACACUCUGCUCUGCACCCGGCCACAGCUCUCCCCCCCAUCUUCGCCUCUCCCACAGCCUAUCCGUCCUUGCAGCUUCCGCAGCAGCUGUUGCUGGGCUCUGUUGCUGCUGGUGGUGCGGACCCCACUGGCAGCACCAUUGAUUCUCAGUUUAUCCCCAGCAUGGAUUCCUCACAGCAGCACCACAGCUUUCAUAUGGAAGGGCAGCAGCAGCAGGUGGUGCAGCAGUAUGCACAGGAGGACUAUCAGCAGCAGCAGGAUUUUCAGCAGCAGCAACAGCAGCAGCAGGAAUAUCAGCAGCAGGAGUACCAGCAACAGGACUAUCAGCAGCAGCAGCAGCAGCAGGAAUACCAGGGGCAGGAGUAUCAACAGCAGGAAUAUCAGCAGCAGGAAUACCAGCAGCAGGAGGUGGGAGGGGAAGGUGCAGGGCAGCAGGAGGCAGCAGGGGAAGGGCAGGCGGGGGAGGGGGAGGAGGGGCAGGGGGAGGAGGAGGGGGAGGAGCUGCUGCCGGGGAUAGAAGGGCUGAGGGUGAUAGGGGACGCGGCCAUGGGGAACAAGCUCACUGCCUGUGGCCACUCAGUCAACGGCACCAAAUUAUGCGUCUUCCAGUGGGUGCGGCAAUACCAAGAUGGCACGGCCGAGUUCAUCGAAGGAGCAUCAUCACCCGAGUAUGCCGUGUCAGCUGACGACUGCAACGCCAUCAUCGCCGUGGAGUGUGUGCCGCUGGACGAGGCAGGCAGACGGGGGGAGUUGUCUCGAGUGGUGGUCAAUGAAGGCAACUUGAUCCAACUCGAGCCCACGGUGCAGGACACACUGGCAGGAUGGCUGGCAGAGGGGUCCACCCAGUUUGAAGCCACCCUCGUGGAGAUCAGUGAGGGGGAGGAGCCGCAGGAGCAGCAGCAGACACCGCAGGCAGUGACGCUGCAAGUGAGGAGGCCUGACUUUGUCCUGCGCAAGGCCAAGAAGGCGUUUAUCAAGGAGCCCUGGGGCAACCUCACUGCGGUGGAGAUCAGUGUGAUGCAUCGCAUGUCGCUCUUCUUCAUCCUCUCCGAUGGUCGCCAGCUCUUCCUUGAUUUCAGGGAUGCCAGAACGAGGGACUUGGCAGCGCUGUGCAUUCGGCAGUUCAAGGCCAAUGUGCAUGAGAAGGGUUCCUCUCGGAAGGGCCUUGGUUGGCUGGGGAUCAAAAAGCCAUGA